CACCGCCCGCUCUUCUUUCCCGCCCGUCCUUCCUUCCCGGCCUUCCGAAGUAAUUUCCAAACCACCCUCCCUACACCAACUGACUGUAUCGCAACAUCCGAAUGAGACUUCUUCCAUAUGACAUUCCAGAGGCAGAGUCCACUCCGCACAUCGUGUUAGCCGCCUAUCUCGUGCUCGCCAAGGCCACGAGGCCGCGGACCGCCGUCUACUCUUGCCUCGGACCAACCUAUCGCUGGGGAAGCUGUCUGCAGUCUGCAGUCUGCUUGCGCCAAGUCAACGCGACGCAUCAUCUUUCUCUGUGCUCCAUGAUAAGCCAUGGCUUGCGAGUCCUGCCGCGUGAAAAAAACCAAGUGCGACAAAGCGAAGCCUGCCUGCAGUCGAUGUAGCCUUCGGUCGAUUCCAUGCAAGUACGUUCGAGAGCGACAAAAGAGGCAUCACCUGGAUAGCGCCGAGGUGGCAGCAAGGCUGCACCGAAUGGAAAAUCUGAUACAAGCCAUCAACAACAAUCCAGAGCCAAACGGGCAACACGCAUCGGCCAGCCACUCUGCGAGCCAGAACAGAGAUCCACAGAGGACACCAACAUCUGCAAACUUAUGCUUUGCUCCCAGCCCAAUCAGCUCAGAACCGUGUACAGGAGAAGCUUUGCCGCGGGCCCAAGAGCUCAGCGUUGAGGAUAUGAAUACGGAAAUGAACACUGAGUCCCAACCGGCACUAUUUGUCCCUGAUAUUUCCAAUUCUGCUGCCCCUACGAUCAUCACGGCAAAACGUCGCAAGAGAAUGAGACCUCAAGCCGACCUGUUAGACCAAAUUCUUUCUAAAGAUGGGCGGAGUGACAACGCCGACAUCAAUGCAGCUAUAUGGAUUCGGACAACAGCUGGUGACGAGUACAUUGGUCCUUCUUCCGGUCUCUCUCUAUUCUCAGAGCCGGGUGUACGUUGGCUACAGGACAAAUUUGGUGCAAAUCAAGAGUUGUGUGAUAAGAUCAAGGUUAUUACUAUCGACAUUGGACAUCAUCUUCAACUUCUGAAAUGCUUACCCUUGGCUUGGAGUCCCACUGAUAGAGCAAGACCAAGAAAGCCUCUCCCAACUCAAGACGUGAUAUGGAAGUACGUUGAUGGAUAUUUUGAAAAGGUCCAAUGGAUGUAUCCUAUCUUGAACCGGUCUGCAUUUGAGAGCCGUUUGGGGGGCUGGCUCGAGGCCCCCACCCAUUGCGACGACGCGUGGUGCGCGCUCCUCAAUGCUGUUUUAGCAUUAGGCAGUCGAGCUAUGCUCUCCGCCGGAACAUCCACGGCAUUCGAACAUUCAGCGCAGGAGGGCUGGGACUACUUCAGAAAUGCGGUUGAUCUUGAAAUGAACUUGGUACAUGAAGGGACAAGCUUAACGGCUAUACAGGCACUCGUCGCUAUGACUGUAUAUGGACAGGGCCUUUCAAGUCCCCAACGGGUUGAGUAUUCUUACUGCUCGAUAGCUGCACGAAUGGCCCAAACAUUGGGUCUAAAUAGGCAACCAUUGGCAGCUUGGAAACUCUCCGAUGAAGAAAUCGAGGAGCGCAACCGCCUCUUUUGGACAAUAUACAUACUGGAUAAAACCAUUGCACUUCGAUCUGGACGAACCGCCGCCAUAGAUGAUGAUGAAAUCAGCUGCGCCUUUCCUCGGGGCUUUGCUGUUAUACAGCGUAAACAACCCGAAUUGCUACAUGGUGACGACCAACACUAUGAAGACAAUCGGUUUGACUUUUUCCUGGCCCUCGCUCGUUUUGCUAGAAUUGCCGGAAGGAUUUCGAAGAGGCUCUAUUCUGCCAGAGCUUUAAGCGCGCCAUCUUAUGAGCUGUCGUAUGUCGCAGCAGAGCUUACAGCUGAGAUGAUCAGAUGGCGAGACGAUAUUCCAACAAGCUUCAGACCUGGACAUUGGUUUGCUCCAGCUGAACUGCCCCGGCACGUCUCGUUACUUCAAGCUUUGGUAGUCAACUUCGGCUAUAACUACGCUAUAUGCGCCAUUUCACGGCGCUUCAGCGGCAUAUUUGUUCACAUGGAAGCAGAAUUCCCUGUGACAAAUGCGGGCAAGGUCCGCGCGGUGACAGCUACAAUGUGCCUUGAAGCGGCAAGAUCGAUGAUAUUACUUACAAAACAUCUUGAUGUGGAAAGCCAUACACCUAGCUGGCUCCUGUUCUAUUACCCAAUGACUGCACUAACGACUAUUUUUGUUCACGUCGUCGGCGACCCCCAAUCAGACUCAGCAGGCAAUGACGUUGCUUUAAUGGAAGCAGCUGUUGGACACUUCGGACGGUUGGAAUUUUUAACUGCCGGUGGAACUGCAUUCACGAAGAUUGGGGAACUCGUUCGUUUAGCCAGGAGCGUUGUGGAGGCUGCACAGAGUUCGGAUGAGAGUCAAACUACAGAUGAUCGCGAAAGGACCGCUCAACUUACGACUUCACCACAGGAGGAUUAUGAGGCAGAAGACGUACCGAUUUUAGAUCGAACCGCGGAUGAGACGAUGAAUAUUUCUCAGAGUACAGAUCUUCAAGCCCCGAACAUCGGCCAAGACUACCUAUCGUCCAGGUUGUUUUCCGAGAUCACUACGAUGGCAGACAACAUUAUGCAGCCUGCAAUCGCUCCUAAUAAUACGAACAGCCAUUUUAUGCCGGACACACUGAUAGCUACGACGACAUCUGAUGUGGAUCUAGAAUGGCUGGAAUGGCAAGUCAGGAGUCAGCAGCAUCUGGAUCAGGAUUGGUCUCAGCCGGAUGUAGAAGCUCUGGUGGAAGAGAUGCACCAAAAUUUUGCUACAUCUUCUUAAAACGUUGAGGCAUUUAUGCUCUAUUACUAUUGGAAUCGAGAAGAAAAGUCAGUGUUGUUUGUUAGUCACAGGUUUCAUACUUACGCAAUUUCUCCGCUCUCCCAUUUUAUAUUUCGCACAGAGCACCAAUAAGUGGGAUCAGUGACUGGUUGUUUGAGGUUAGAAGAUGGUCGGAAAAUCACCAUAGAAGCAAGCAUCACGUAGAAUUCAAUGGCUUAG